AUGGAAGCUAUUAAUGGACUUUUGCUGAUUGGGAUGUUAAUUUUCACGGCUAACUUUGUAUUUGUACUGGCACAUGUUGAAAGUAGUACCGAUAGAACCUCAAAUCAAAUUCUAAAGUUGGAGAGAACAUUCCCUACAAAUGAGGUGGGACUACAAAAUAUGAAAUUUAGAGACCACAAACGUCACAGUAAAAUCUUGGAAGGAAACACUAUUGGGAUUCUCAAUUUCUCUCUUAACGGAGCAUCUGACCCAAGUCUAGCCGGGUUAUAUUAUACCAAAAUAAGGUUAGGCUCUCCACCACAAGAGUUUAACGUGGAUUUUGAUACCGGAAGUGACGACCUAUGGAUCAAUUGCAAACCAUGUGUUGGGUGUCCUCGACUUUCCCAAUUGGGGAUUGAGCUUAAUCUUUUUGAUCCAGCCAUCUCAUAUUCUGCUAAACCGCUUACUUGUUUGGACAAAGAAUGCCCUACAUAUCAUCAAUGUGCUAAUAAGAAUAGAUCAUGUCGACUUUCGCUUAACUAUGGAGACGGAAGCCUGGCUUCCGGUUAUUAUUUAACUGACAUGCUACAGUUUGAUACUAUUUUGGGACCUUCUAAUUUGACGGCAAACUCAUCUGCUCGGGUUAUUUUUGGGUGUAGUACACACGAUGAGGGGUUAAUAAGCCAAGAAGGUAGAGCGAUUGAUGGGAUUUUUGGAUUUGGUCGAAGAGAGUCAUCGGUUAUAUCACAGUUGUCAUCACGUCGUAUUACUCCCAGAAUAUUUUCUCAUUGUUUGCGCGGAGACGGUGGUGGGGUACUUGUUAUAGGAGAGAUUAGACACGCAGCGAUGGUGUAUAGUCCGCUAGUGACGUCAAAUACGGAUCACUACAAUAUUAAUCUUCAAAGCAUUAGUGUUGACGGUCAUAAAUUAUCGAUCAAUCAAAACGUCUUCAUCACAUCAGAAAGUCAAGGAACAUUUGUAGAUUCCGGUACAACUUUGUCAUAUUUGGCGACCGAAGCUUACUACCCAUUAAUGGAAGCUCUAACUAAUGCAAUUUCGGGACAUGCUACACCUUUCAUCUUGAAUGGACAACAAUGCUACAAAUUGUCUACCAGCGGGAUUAAAUUGUUUCCUCAAGUCACUUUUAAUUUUGCGGGUGGAGCGUCAAUGUUAUUGAUGGCUAAGGACUACCUAUUUAAUUAUUCUUUACAGGACGGUAUUUCAUCGAUGUGUAUCGGAUUUCAAAGAUCUAAUUUUGCAAGCAUGACAAUUUUAGGAGAUUUGGUACUCAAGGAUAAAAUUGUGGUUUAUGAUUUGGCGCACCAAAGAAUUGGUUGGGUCGAAUACAACUGUAAGAAAAAUUAA